CGGAGGUCGGUCGGUAGCGGGGGGACUGGAAGAUGAGGCGAGGGCCCGGAACUUUCCGGAUGGUUCUGGCCGUGGGCCUGCUGCUGAUGGCCGGGCUGUGUACCGGUGCAUCGGUACCAACCCCCACCCAGAGCCCAGCGGGCAACAACAGCUGCUUGGGGCUGUACGAUUGUUUGCCUGGGAUCCUCCUACCCACCUGGUUGCCCCUCGACCCCUCGCCCGGAGACAAGGCAGCCCGGGCGGUCGUCUACUUUGUGGCCAUGGUCUACAUGUUCCUGGGGAUGUCCAUCAUCGCCGACCGCUUCAUGGCCUCCAUCGAGGUGAUCACCUCCCAGGAGCGGGAGGUGGUGGUGAAGAGACCCAACGGGGAGACGUUCACCACCAUGGUGAGGGUGUGGAACGAGACAGUGUCCAACCUGACCCUCAUGGCUCUGGGCUCCUCGGCUCCGGAGAUCCUCCUCAGUAUCAUCGAGGUUUGCGGCCACAACUUUGAGUCGGGCGAGCUGGGUCCGGCCACCAUCGUGGGCAGCGCUGCCUUCAACAUGUUUGUCAUCAUGGCCAUCUGUAUAUCGGUGGUCCCUGAUGGAGAACACCGCAAGAUCAAACACCUGAGGGUCUUCUUCAUCACCGCCUUCUGGAGCAUCUUCGCCUACGUUUGGCUGUAUCUCAUCCUGUCCGUCUUCUCCCCGGGAGAGGUACAGAUCUGGGAGGCAGUGCUGACGUUUGCCUUCUUCCCCUGCCUGGUGCUGUUGGCCUGGGUGGCUGACCGACGGCUACUGAUGUACAAGUACAUGCACAAACACUACCGGGCGGACAAGAGGCGCAACAUCGUGGUGCAGGUGACGGGCAGUGACAGCUCCUCUCCCAAGGCGGACAUUGAGAUGGACGGGGUGUCCAAGGCCAGCCAGGAGACCCCGAACACGUGGCUGCAGCCGGAGGAAGAGACCAGGCGGGUGGUGACCGGGAUAUUGAAGGAUUUGAGGCAGAGACACCCGGAGAAAGAGCCGGAGCAGCUGCUGGAGAUGGCCAACUACCAAGCGCUGCUUCACCAGCAGAAGAGCCGGGCUUUCUACCGGAUCCACGCCACCCGCUGCAUGACGGGGGAAGGGAAUAUCCUCAAGCGGCACGCGGCCGAGCAGACCCGUCGGGUGUUGAAUCCCCCGCUCCGGACACCGGAAUAUGCGCUGCCCCCAAACCAGGGGGUCUCUGUCUCCUUCCAGCCUGCCCGCUACCAGUGCUUUGAGAACUGUGGCUGGGUCCAUCUGACCGUGGUCAGGGAAGGGGGCAGAGAGGAGAUGCCGGUGGCCGUAGACUUUUACACCGAGGACGGCACGGCUUUGGCCGGAGCGGACUACGAGGCCACGCGGGGGACGCUGCGCUUCGGACCCGGGCAGAGCCGCCUCCUCCUCCCUGUCCGAAUCAUCGACGAUGACAUCUACGAACAGGACGAGUUCUUCAGGGUCCGGCUCAGCUCGCCGCGGCCCGAGGGCCAGGCCGGCUCGGACCUCCACAUCACCCCGACCCAGGUCAGUCUGGGCAGCCACAGCCAGGCCACCGUCACCAUCUUCGACGAUGACCACGCCGGCCUCUUCAGCUUCGAGCUGUGCUCCCAGCGGGUCAACGAGAGCGUGGGCCGAAUGGCCGUCACCGUCAUGAGGACGUCUGGCUCCCGGGGGCUGGUGCAGCUGCCCUACAGGACUCUGUCCGGGACCGCCACUGCCGGGGAGGACUAUGUGGAGCAGUGCGGUCUGCUUGUCUUCCAGAACGACGAGACGCUGAAAAACAUCGAGAUACAGAUCAUCGACGACGAGGAAUACGAGAAGAACAAGAACUUCUUCAUCGAGCUGGGAGAUCCCCUCCUGGUGGAGAACAAGGCCGAGGAGAUGGACGAUGACGUGGCCAAACAGGGCUGCCCCAGUCUCGGGGAGACGACCAAGAUGGAGGUCAUUAUAGAGGAGUCGUACGAGUUCAAGAGCACGGUGGACAAACUGAUGAAGAAGACCAACCUGGCCUUGGUGGUCAGCAGCAGCAGCUGGAGGGAGCAGUUCGUCAACGCAGUGACCGUGAGCGCUGGUGAGGACGAUGAUGACGAGGGCUCAAGUGAUGACCGCCUGCCCUCUUGCUUUGACUACAUCAUGCACUUCCUGACGGUGUUCUGGAAGGUUCUCUUUGCCUUUGUCCCGCCCACCGAGUACAUGAACGGCUGGGCCUGCUUCGUGGUCUCCAUUUCCCUCAUCGGCCUCUUGACCGCACUGACCGGGGACCUGGCCACACAGUUUGGCUGCACCAUCGGCCUGAAGAGUUCCGUCACCGCCAUAGUCUUUGUGGCUCUGGGGACCUCUGUCCCAGACACGUUUGCCAGUAAGGUUGCGGCCAUCCAGGACCAGUAUGCGGACGCCUCUAUCGGUAACGUUACGGGCAGUAACGCGGUCAACGUGUUCCUGGGCAUCGGCGUGGCUUGGACGAUCGCGGCUGUGUACUGGGCCGCUCAGGGCAAGAAGUUCCUGGUGGAGCCGGGGAACCUGGCCUUCUCCGUCACCAUCUUCACCAUCUUUGCCUUCUUCGCCGUGGCCACUCUGAUGUACCGGCGACGGCCCGAGAUGGGCGGUGAGCUGGGCGGCCCCAGGAGCAGCAAGUACUUCACCUCCUGCAUCUUCAUCACCCUCUGGCUGGCCUACAUCAUCCUCUCCAGCCUCGAGGCCUACUGCUACAUCCCCGGCUUCUGAGGCCUAACUCAGGCUCCCAGCGGGUGGGUGGGGGGGGGGGCUCCCGAGGUCUUCUCCUCUGGGCUUCUGAGGCCUACUCACCUGGGCUACCGAGGCCUAAUCUGAGGCCUACUCACCUGGGCUCCUGCAUCCUAGACCUUGGCUUCAAGUGGCCUACUCUCCCUGGGAUACUGAGGCCUAAUUCCUGGGCUCCUGUGGCCCAGUGUUCUUGCAGCCGACUACCCUGGGCUACCAAGGCCAAUCCCAAGCCUACUCCCUGCAUCCUAGUCCUUGUGUUCUUGCAGCUGACUCCCCUUGGCUCCUGAGACCUAGUCGCUGGCCUCCUGUAGAUGCCUAGCCUGUAGGUUCCUGAGGCAUCGCAGAACUAUCCUGUGGGCUUUUGAGGCCUGGUCCCUAGGCUCAACGGGCCUACUCCCCAGGGCCUCUAUGACCUAAUCGCUGGGUUUAUCCGAGGCCCAGGCCUACGGCCUAUUUCCCACCUGGGUUCGGGGAAGCAGAAUGUCCCGGCUUCAUGUGGUGAAACUCGUGCCUCCCCCAGUCCUGGCCCCCUCUGGCCCACAACAGAGACCCAAGGGUCACCUCCGAUCCCUGACCUUGGCCCCCUGCCCUGUCCCUAGCAACCGUGCCCUUUCACCCCUCGGCCUCCAUUUUGUCACCUCAUUCGAACCCUCAGGAGGUCAAAGUCCGGAGUAACCCUUCCCCCUGGCCCCUACUUCCCCCCCCCCCUCAAAUAAAACAUGGCAGCCUCCGUACCCCCUUAAAUGGGAUGGGGGGGGGGGGGGUUGACAUCUAAUAUCCCCCUAUUGCCCAGUUGGAUGUUAUCUUGGGAUGGGUUGGAUGAAGGUUCCCUCACCCUUCACCCUCCCUCGCCCCUCUCCACCCCCCCCAACACUGCCACAGAACCCCCCAGGGGGUGGGGAGGACACAUCCCAAGCUCCCCUCCCCCCCCCCCCCCCACCCGCCGAGACCAUAGUUGACCGAGGAAAAACGGCCACCAAGGUCCGGUUUGGGGGUCGUAGGCCGUCAUCUUGCAGGGGGGGUUUCCAUGACAACGCCGAAGCAAAGGGGGGGGGG